AUGUCUUUACAACAUAUACGUUUUUCUGAAUCAAAAAUAUUGAGAAAUAUUUAUACAAGAGAACUUCUUGAAGACUAUGAUAACUACGGAUAUUCCGAAAAUUCAUUUUUUACCAAGAUUGAAAAUAAUUUUAUGAUUUUAAAAGUACAAAAAAUUAAUAACGCACAUCUGUAUGGCUUAUACCUAUUGCAUAAGGAAGAGAUGCAACUAGACAAUAGCAUUGGUGACGUAAGAGAGGAAACAUUGUUUCACGCAACAUCCGUAAAUAAUGCGAUAAGUAUUGCACGCAACAAUAUUGACUGGCGAUUGACAGGGCGAACAAGAUUUGGAAAAGGUGCGUGUUUUUCACCGAGUGCACCUUAUGCACAUAAAUAUGCGGGAAGGAAGGGAGCAUUUCUUAUUGUGAAAGUGCUUGUGAGAAAAAUAGAAACAACAGGCAUUAAUUACGGCCUAGAAAUACCAUCGACCAACGAUAUUGACACUACACUAGGGAACUAUGGAAACGUUUAUGUAAAGUAUGACGAUCAUACUUUUCUUCCGGAGUAUAUUGUCCAUUAUUCCUAA